CCCGGGGCGGGGCAGCGGCGUCGCCAUGGCGGGGCCGGUGGCGGCGUGAGUGCGGGCGGCGGGGCCGGGCGGGAGCCGCUGUGUGGCGGGGGAAGGCGGGUGUGGGGCUGGCGCGGCGGCGGGGCGGGCUGGGAGGGCCGGGACGAGGCGCCCGCGCUGCGGAGCCGUUCCGGGGCCUGUGCCGCGGCGGGCUCCUGCCCUCGCCGGGAAGCUUCUCCCUUGCGGCAGAUCUCCGCGCCCGCGGGCAAAGGCAGGGGAGCGUUAACCCCGGUUCUCUUCAGCGGGGUGCGGGUUCACGCUGGCGGAAUGCUGUCUCUCCGCUCCCAUCGCGCUGCCAGCCUUCCCUUUCCCUCGCUGGAGGCUCCUGUUUCCUCAAAGGAUCAUCUGGAUCCUGCUGCUUUCCUCCCGUGGCAUGUUUGAGCUGUCGUAUAGCUGCAGUUGAGGCCUUUCUGGCACAGCAAGAUUGGAGCAGGCACCCCGCAGAUGUGCAGGGAUUGCCGCCCAUCUCUGUGCCAGGAGUGAUGUGGGAAGCACCUGUUCUGUGUGAAGGUCAAGAAAUAAAACAUUUGAUAAAGGGAAGAAACAAAACAUCUGAUAAAUGGAAGCCAUGAAGAUGUCAAAGCGGUUCUUUGCUUUCGGGAUCUUGGCAUGCAUAGCUAUUUAUGUUGCAUACAUGAAAUGGCACUUGGAUUCCAAACAAGUUGUGGGAGCAACAGAAGGAGUUGCUGAGAGCAGAGGAGACAAACUGAACCAUCAGGCACCGACCACAGAGCUCUCAGUCUUCUAUGGGAUUAUGUUUGAUGCAGGAAGCACGGGAACUCGCAUCCAUAUAUUUAAAUUCACACAGCAGCCAAAAGAGACUCCCAAAUUGACCCAUGAGACGUUUAAAGCACUGAAGCCAGGUCUGUCUGCAUAUGCUGAUGAUGUUGAAAAGAGUGGCCAGGGAAUAAAAGAGCUCCUGGAGGUGGCAAAGGAGGAAGUUCCAAUGGAGCUGUGGAAGUUUACUCCUCUGGUCCUGAAAGCCACAGCUGGCCUACGGUUGCUGCCAGGAGAGAAAGCACAGAAGUUGCUGGAUAAGGUGAAGGAGAUCUUUCAGGCCUCCCCCUUCUUCGUGAGGGACAACUGUGUGUCAAUAAUGAAUGGAACCGAUGAAGGUAUUUCAGCCUGGAUCACAAUAAAUUUUUUAACAGGUAGCCUAGAUGAUCCGCAGAAGAGAAGUGUAGGGAUGCUGGAUUUGGGUGGUGGAUCAACACAGAUCACCUUCCUUCCACGCACCGAGGCAACUCUCCAGACAUCACCAGCUGGCCAUACAACUUCAUUUCAGAUGUUUAACAACACCUACAAACUGUAUUCAUACAGUUACCUGGGACUUGGGCUGAUGUCAGCAAGGCUCGCCAUUUUAGGAGGAGUUGAGGGAAAACCCUUAGGAGAAGGGGAGGAACUGAUCAGCCCCUGUUUACCUCCUGGCUUCAAAUCUGAAUGGCAGCAUGGUGAGAUAGUGUACAAAAUUAAAGGACAGAAGGCAGGUGAGCCUCUGUAUGAGGCUUGUUCGAACAAAGUGGCAAAGAUGCUCUACAAAAAAGUGCAUAAAGCUGAGGAAGUGAAGGACUUGGAUUUUUACACUUUCUCCUACUACUAUGACCGUGCAGCAGAGGUUGGUCUCAUAGAUAAAGAAAAAGGAGGAAGCUUAACUGUUGGUGACUUUGAAAUUGCAGCUAAAUAUGUAUGUAAGACCAUGGAAAUCAGUCCUGGAAGCAGCCCUUUUCUUUGCAUGGACCUCACGUACAUCACCUUCCUCCUGCAAGAACUGGGCUUCCCGAAGAGCCAAGUCUUCAAGCUUGCCCGGAAAAUUGACAAUGUUGAAACGAGCUGGGCAUUGGGAGCCACUUUUCAUUACAUUGACUCACUCAAUAGACUGCAGUACUAAAGCCCCUUGAGGAAUCUGAGUUUUUGGAAGCCCAACUCGGGAGAAUCUGUUGAAGGGCCUGCUUUUGGCUUCUGGAGUCCUUUGGGAGGCCCCUUUCCGCCCACCCCCUGUCAAAUUCCCUCCAUCACUAGCUCUUUUUUUUACAGUGCAGAGUGCAUAAUCUCAAGAAUAAGCCUUGAUUUGACAGCAUCUGCAGUCAACUUGCUGUAAAACUUGAUCAUUGUUGAAGGAAAACCAGGACUCUGCAGGACAUCUAUGAUCUCUAUGAGAAAAACAACUUUUUGGAAUGUGCCUGUACUAUGUGCUUGUACUGUGCUGAAGUCUCUGUAGGAAAUGGUCACUCCAGAAGGAACUCUUUACCAUCCUGAUUACAGGGUGGUUUUUUCCUGUUUGUCAGCAGUUUUCAGUGAUGAUUUUUAUUUCACUACUUCCAUGUUUGAAGGUGAACUCGUGUGUGUGUGUGUGUGUGUGUGCAGACAGUUACACAGCUGUGCUGCUGACAGGCAGCUGCUUUGGAAUGCGGGGUGGAUGUCUCGGCUCUGCUUUCCACUUGCUUGGGAGCACUCUAGAAACUGAAUAUGGACUUGGAGGCAUGAAUUGGAGCCUAUAUGCCCUGUAGUGCUAAAGCAUCCAGCCUAAUGUUGGUUCCUUGGCUGCUGGAAGAUGGAUGGUGGAAGAGAACAUCUUCCAUAUUUGCUGGAUCUAGACGAGCAAGGCGUGGGUACAGGGCUAAGAUGCAUUUGGCAGUUCCGGAGUCGGUCAGGGUAAGAUGGAUGAACAAGAUGCAGCCAUAAAUAUAAACCCUGAGCAUGGCUUAUUGGAUCUCUCAGACAUUUGUGCCUUGGCCAGGUUGCUGCAGGGCCCGGGAUGAAUGCAUUUACUUGGGCUCUGCUUCCUGCAGACACAUCUCACUUUGAUAAAUGAAUGUAUUGUGGUUGCACUGAGCCGUGGCAGGGUAGCUGCAAUGCAGCACUCCAACAGUGUCCUGUGCACAGGCUGAAGUAAUCCCGGAGGCAGCGAGAGCUGGAAGGAACAUGCUGUGCUCUAUGUAACCUAACUGUGGAAUUGUUGUAUUUGUAAUGGAUGUUUAGAGCAGACCUGAGAGGUCUUUUGGGGGUGCAGAAAAGCCCAGCACUGUGUGCCCUGACUCCAGGGCUUGUUGCCACAACCUCGUCCUUUGCCCGGGGCAGCGAGAUGUGGUACGGUGGUGUGUGGUGCUGCAUGGGGAUGCUUGAACCUCACUGUAUGACAAUAAAACCCCAAUUUAAAAUGAAAA